AUGAUGAAGAUGUCGCUGUCGGCGUCACGGCGGCUGUCCAGCAGCGUUGGCGUUCUGACGAGGCUGUCGCAGCCGCUGCUUCUGCCAAGAGCCACUACGUCCGUCUGGAGCAGCAGGGCGACACUCCAGCCACACAACUUCAAGGCGAAUCCACCAAUACGGCUUUUCUCCAACUCGCCUUUCAUCCCAUUCUCAGCAUCGCGACAUCUUCGAGAAGCAGUCGAAACACUCGAGACCCCGCCCUCCGCCGCUGAACCACCCACCUUCUCCCUCCGCCCAUAUCAAGAAGAAUGCAUCCAAGACUGUCUCUCAGCGCUCGACAGCGGUGUCACGCGCAUCGGCGUCUCCUCUCCCACAGGAAGCGGCAAGACGACCAUCUUCACGCACCUCAUCGACCGCCUCCCAGCACGGACCAGGACAGGCGGCGAUCGGGUGCUCAUCAUCGUCAACUCGAUCGAGCUCGCCCUUCAAGCAGCGAACGCGGUCACGUCUAUGUUCCCGGACAAAUCGGUCGAGAUUGAGCAGGGUGCCAAGUACAAAGCCUCCGGAUUGGCCGAUGUGACGGUCGCAACGUACCAGACGCUCAAUCGGAGCCAGGAGAGGCUGGACAAGUUCGAACCCGCCGAGUUCAAGGCGGUGGUGGUGGACGAGGCGCAUCACGCUGCUGCACCGUCCUACCUCCGGGUCCUAUCGCACUUUGACCCUCUCAUCGGCACCGCACCGGAAGAGCGUACCGCAACAGGUGUGGAAAGCGUACCCGUGAUCGGCUUCUCCGCGACUUUCAGCAGGCACGACGGCCUCGCGCUGGGCAAAGUGUUCGACCGCAUCGUGUUCCACAAAGACUUUCUCGAGAUGAUUGGCGAAAAGUGGCUCUGUCCCAUCCGCUUCACCUCCAUCAAGACAGACAUCGAUUUGGCGAGCGUCAAACUAUCGAACCUCAAUUCGGACUUUGCCACCGCCUCGCUGGCGAGCGUCGUCAACACAGAUGUGGUGAAUCGUGUAGUGCUGCGUGCCUGGCUCGACCGCGCCCACACACGGCGUCGCAGCACCCUGGUGUUCGCGGUCAACAUCGAGCAUGUGCAGGACCUCACUGCCACCUUCCGCAACGCAGGCGUCGACGCGAGGUAUUUGCAUGGAGGGACACCCAUGGUGGAACGCAGACAGCUUCUCGAAGAUUUUCGCAACGGUGUCUACCCCGUGCUCGUCAACUGUGCGAUCCUGACCGAGGGCGCCGACGUUCCUGCCAUCGACUGCGUAUUGCUCGCGCGGCCUACACGAUCCCGCAACCUCUUCUCGCAGAUGAUCGGGCGCGGACUACGACUCAGCCCCAAGACGGGGAAGAAGGACUGCCUGGUGCUCGACAUCGUCGGCAAUAUCGAAAAGGGCGUCGUGUGCACACCUACGCUGUUCGGUCUCGCCGCAGAUGAGAUUAUCGAAGACGAGACGCCCGAGGCGCUCCUCGAACGAUCAAAUGAAUCCGAUCUUCCUCCUACCGAGGAAGAAACGGGAGAUCCCUUCGCCACCCUCACCGACCCAACCAAGCUCACCUACAUCGACUACGACGAUCCGUAUCAGCUUCAAUCUGCCAUGCUUUCCCGUUCGACCGUCGUCGAAACCCUCUCCCGCAAUGCGUGGGUGGACUGUGGCGGCUCGACGUACAUCCUCGAUGUUCCCCGGUAUGGCUUUGUCACAGUCGAGCGCCACACAGACCCGACAGAAGGUGCAGAGUGGACGGCGUGGUUCACACCUUCGAACGCCGAUGCGGACAAAGCGGCUGCUGCCUCUUUCCCUGGUGGCGUUCGAAGGGGAAGAUUUGCAGGAGGUUCGCCCUACCGUCGACCACGACAUGUUCUGUUUGCGCCGACGCUGGAGCAGGCUGUGCGCGGAUCGGAUGUGUAUGUUCAAAAAACGGUGUUGCGCAAUUCGCCACAGCUGUUCGCGAUGCUCAACAGGCGUGCGGCGUGGAGGGCGACGAGAGCGAGCGAUUCGCAACGACGGCUUGUCGAGAAGCGGUUGGGGUUGUCCAAGCCCACCCACACGGAGCCCGGGCAGGAGGGGAAAAAGGAGAAGAAGAGGAGCGAGCUGACCAAAGGUCAAGCUUCCGUCAUCCUCACGAGGCUGCUGCACGGCGCGAAGGGACGCUGGAAGGACCGUGUCAAACGGUCCAACAAGGUCUGGCGAGAGGAAGAGAAGGAAAGGCAGAGGAUCGAGCGGCAGACAGUGCGGGUGGGGCCGUUGAGUGGCUGA